GGGCGGGGCCUCCAAAUCUGGCCGGGGUGCCGUAGGAGUGUUGCGGCCCCGCAGUUUGUGGCCCUGGGCAGUGAGGGUGCACUCAGGUGGAUGAUGUGGAAGCUGCUGAGCCAGCUGUCCCUGGUGAUAGGGCUGGUGGCUGGGAUUCGAUGUCCUGAUGGGCAGGUGUGUUCUAAGGCCUGCUGCAGGCAGCCAGAAAGAACCGGCUACCGUUGCUGUGAUUCGUCUUGGGAUUCACAGCCAUCCAUACCUGUAGCAAAGAAUGUACACCAGGGCGUCAUGUGCCAGGGUGAUUCCCAUUGCCCAGUUGGAUUCUCCUGCCUCUUUACUCCUUUGGGGAACUACAGCUGCUGCCCCUACGCAGAGGCGGUGGUUUGUGGUAAUGGGCACCACUGCUGUCCUCGUGGCUUCCACUGCAGCCUGGAUGGUCAUUCCUGCUUUAAGGUACAAGGUGCCGGUUCCAGAGCGGUGAAAUGCCCAGACAGCCGGUAUGAGUGCCCCAAUGAAUCUACCUGCUGCAUGAUGCCAGAUGGCUCCUGGGGCUGUUGCCCCAUGCCCCAGGCUUCUUGCUGUGAAGACAAAGUUCACUGCUGCCCCCAAGGCACCUCCUGUGAUGUGGCUCAUUCCCGCUGCCUCACAUCUGGUGGUGGCACCUACCCAUUGGCACAAAAAAACCCUGCUAAAAAGAUUCAGCAAGAAAAGGAAGUGAUGAUGGUCACCAAAGUGAUUUGCCCAGAUGCCCGUUCCCAGUGCGCUGAGGGCACCACCUGCUGCAAGCUGUCUAGCGGAUCAUAUGGCUGCUGCCCGCUGCCAAAUGCCGUCUGUUGCCCAGACCACCUGCACUGCUGCCCCGAAGGCACUGUGUGCGACUUGCAGAUGAGUAAAUGCCUCUCCAAAAAGGGGGAACCCACUGACUUUGUUACCAAGCUGCCUGCAGAAACAGUGCAGGAGGUAAAAUGUGAUGGAGAAAUGAGCUGCCCAGAUGGUAAUACCUGCUGCCGCCUGCAGUCCGGAAGCUGGGGAUGUUGCCCAUUUCCUGAGGCCGUGUGCUGUGAGGACCACAUCCACUGCUGCCCCCAUGGCUACACGUGUGACACGGAGGCUGGCCAGUGUAAACAGGGGGCCCACAAUACACCGUUGUUGGGGAGCACCGUGACUUUCCUCGCAGCUGUGGGUGACAUCCCCUGUGAUAACACCACCAGUUGCCCCGACAAGACUACCUGCUGCCUCCUGGAAACAGGGGCGUGGGGCUGCUGCCCUGCCCCACAGGCUGUGUGCUGUCCUGAUCGAAAGCACUGCUGCCCCCACGGCUACAUCUGUGACCCAGAGGGGGAGUGUAAGACUGAGCAUCACGUAAUGCCCUGGCUGCAGAAGAUGCCGGCUCACCCAAAUUUGGUCUCUACCUCUGUGGAUUGUGACCAGCACACCAGGUGCCCAGAUGGACAGACCUGCUGUCCCAGCAUUCGAGGGGGCUGGGCCUGCUGCCAACUGCCCCACGCUGUGUGCUGUGAGGAUCGGGAGCACUGCUGCCCAUCAGGCUACACCUGCAAUGUGAAGGCCAGGUCCUGUGAAAAACAAGGCUCGGUCCAGGCCCCCACUUCCUCUGUGCCCCUCACGCUGGGGACCGAUGAGGGAGAUGUGCAGUGUGAGGGCAGGCACCAUUGCCACAGCUACCAGACCUGCUGCCGGAGCAACACGGGGGGCUGGGCAUGCUGCCCGCUAUACCAGGGUGAAUGCUGUGCCGAUGGUCUACACUGCUGCCCCAAUGGCUUCCGCUGUGCGGCCAAGGGCACCAGGUGUACCCGAAGGAAGAAGCUUCGGUGGGAUAACCUCUGGAUGCUGCUCUGAGUGGGAUGGGACCCUGGGGCUCACCAUUCUCACCCAAGUGCCCCACCCUGGCCUUUAGGAUGCUGCUGGUGGAGUACAUUGCUCAGGCCUCCUCAGUUGUGGCUCCCCCCACACUGGGUCUUCUCAAGCCCUUCCUCUCCAGCUUCCACAUUGUCAUGGUCAUUAAACUCCCUGGGAGGAAUGCCAGUCCACCUCCUUUUCCCCUCAGAUCACAGCCUCAGCCCCUGGGGGGUUGGGGUGGGCAGCGCAGAGGCAAGGGGGAAGCCUCUAUCGCCAGGAUUCUCCAUGACUGUUCAUCAUCUUGGUUUGGGGUAAGCUCCCCCUUAAUUCUGGGGGUUCUGUUUGUCCAACUGCUCUUUCCUCCUGUACCCAAGGGGAUGUUUGAAAGGGGACGAUGCUACAAUAAAAUUUAUACAAUUUGUUAAA